GUCAUUCCCUCAGCAGAAGGGAUGGAGUAUCAUAUUGACACGUGUGUAGCUGUAAAGUGAACAUUUAUAAGUCCACAAGUAACUCCAUGACUGAGUUCACAGACAUGGCUGGUGCGUUUAGCAGCAGCUCGGAAACUGUAAUUCAGCGUGUGGUGGGAGUUGCAGUGAAGACGAGCACACCUGCAGAUGACCUGGAAAAGUUAUAUCAGAUUAAAAAAACCUGCGACUUCAUCAGUGAGCAUCAGUUUGAAAAGGUAGCUCUGCAGUUUCCCGAUGAGCUGUUGGUGGAUUCAGUUGCAGUGGCAGAAGAGAUCGAGAGAAACACUAAUGCCAAGUCAUACAUUUUGGGUGAUACAUCCUAUGGAAGUUGCUGUGUGGAUGAGGUCGCUGCAGAACACGUUGGCGCUGACUGCAUUGUGCACUAUGGCAGUGCUUGCCUUAGCCCAUCCAGAAGGCUGCCCUUGUUAUACAUCUUUGAGCAAAGAGCAGUAGAUGUGGAGAAGUGUGCCUCCUCCUUCAGAGAACUCUACCCUGACAGACACAGUCACAUAAUCAUCCUCUAUGAUGUCAACUAUGCUCAUGCCAUUAAUGGUCUUUUGGCUCUACUGUCACCAGAGUAUCCAAACCUUGUUGCAUCUGAAAUUGUUGUUGAAGGGGAGCAGUGUUACAGUCAUGGGCAGAUUAAAAGACAAGAUGAUGACGCCCGUCUCUCUGACCAAGACGAUGGCCAGGUCAUCUAUCAGUUUGGACGUCAGUUCACCUUGAAAAGCCGUUUAAGGGUCAUGGACUGCAGUAUGUUUUAUGUGGGCCAGGAGGGAGCGACCCUGCGAAACUUCAUGAUGACUUGGAAUCGGUGCUCGUUUUGCUCUUUUGACCCUGUGACAGCGAAGGGGCAGGUCGAGUCUAUAAGCAUCAGCCGCGCUCUGAUGAAGAGAUACUAUGCUAUAGAAAGGGCCAAGGAUGCCAAUGUGGUCGGCAUCCUGGUUGGGACUCUGGGGGUUGCCGAUUACCUCUCUAUCAUUGAGCAGCUGAAAGAGACCAUCAAGAGAGCUGGCAAGAAGAGCUACAUGUUUGCCAUGGGGAAGCUGAACGUACCCAAACUGGCAAACUUUCUUGAAAUUGACAUCUUUGUUUUAAUUGCAUGUCCAGAGAGCUCACUUUUGGACUCAAGGGGGUUUUUAAAACCUGUAGUGACGCCGUUUGAGAUGGAGGUGGCCUGCAACAGGAAGAGGGAAUGGUCAGAGGAAUAUGUCACAGACUUCCGACAUCUCCUGCCAGGUGGACAGAGUCACGUACCUUUGGCUGAUCAGCAGGACGAGGAGGAUGAAAGUGACGUUUCAUUAAUCACUGGUGCUCUGCGAAGCCACAAUCUCCUGAGCAGUGAGCCUACAGAGCCGGCCUAUGGGUCCUCUGUGGUCUUGAGGAACCAGACGCUGACCGUAGCAAACACAAACUCAGCUGCAUCUUUUCUUGCAGGUCGAAGCUGGAUCGGUUUAGAGCAGAAGCUGGGAGAGACACCUGUGGUGAAAGCAGUAGAGGGCAGGAGAGGCAUAGCUAUAGCCUACGAGGAGGAAGGAACAUCGUCGUGAUCAUUUUUACCAAUAAUCCACAAUGUCUUUGGUAAAUUAAUAAAUAACCUAUCAAUGUACCAAAUGUAUAGCAUAUAAGCUGUAUUUACUGGAAGAAGAAAGUGAUUAUUAAAUGUUUUUUAUUAACAUCA